AUUGAGGGUACGUUUUCACUUCACAGACUUCCACAUUAAAAGUUCCUCUUCUGCUGUGAGCGUAGGGGGCGGUAGUUGCGGGAAACGGGCUUGAGGGGUGAGUGAUUAAAGCUGCGUAAAACGGGACGGAGGGAUGGAUUCUAAGCCUAUAUUGAGCGGCGGGCAGCACAAAAAAUAUGGCAUUGAUAACCCCGGUUUCCCACCAGCAGCGACAGGAACCGCAGCAAUGAUGGCCCCACCCGCGGAUGGCUCCCAGGGCCCCAGCGCGCCUCCGGUCAGCUUGUUUGACAACAUGCCCGGAUAUGAAGGGACGGGGGCUGGAGGAGGUGGCUUUCUUCCACCUCCCAUGCCUGCUUACCCAGCCCCCCAGCCUACACCUGGACCUGAACAACCUCAGUGGAAUAUCCCAUCUAUAACUGAAGAUACAGCCAGGGAUGCCUUUAGUCUGUAUGUCUCCAGCAAGUGUUGCUACAGUUCUGCACCAGUAAAGGAUGGAGUGAUCACCAACAUGGAGGCAUUCAAUACUUAUAGGUAUCGCCUAGAAACAUUUACCGAAUCCAGAUCUACUGAGUGGAAUCAUGAGCCAUACCACGGUCAGCCAGUGGAUGCCUUUUCUCAGCAACCUCCAGGGCCGUGGGAUAUUCCUGCCAGAGCCCCCACCUUUUUUGUGGAAGGCGAACAGAAGAUUAAGGUUCCGUACACGUCAUCUAUGAAGCCUUGCCAUGGAUGUGUAGGAAUGGGGCGAAAUCCUUGCAAAGACUGUGCAGGCUCUGGGAACAAAGUUUGCUGGGUGUGUAAUGGAUCUGGUUACCGUCAUGGAGACGAUCGAUGCCUCCAAUGCAGUGGAAGAGGGAGGGAAAACUGCACACAGUGUCAGGGGCAAGGAUCAAAGCUAUGUGACAUGUGUCGUGGAAAACAGCAGCUUCUGGUGUACAUCAACCUCACUGUGAAAUGGACUAACAACACUGACGAUUAUGUUGUUGAACAGUCGAGUGGUCUUCAGUUGGCAAACCUCAGUAAGGUGACAGGGAAGGAGCUUUUCAGAGACUCUCAAUACAUGGUGUAUCCACUCAUGGGUUUUCCGGACCCUAUGGUAGUGCAAGCUGCACAGCGACUUGUUGGGGAUCAUCAGGGCAAAUUCUCCCAGACGUCACGCAUUCUACAGCAGCGUCAAACCAUAGAGCUGAUCCCUGUCACAAAGGUCACCUACACAUGGAAAGGGAAAACAUACAUUUACUUUGUCUACGGAAACGAGUUCAAAGUUCAUACGAAUGACUAUCCUGCUACAUGCUGCUGUUCUCUAAUGUAACUGAAAUUGAUGAGUGUGACUUUAAAUGUGAAUAUAAAAAUAAAUAUUAGAAAUCAGAUAUUUGCAAAACAUUUUAAAAUAAAGUUGUAAAAAAAAAAGUUGAAAAGAAUGAAAAAUUUGAAACUGAGGCAGGAGUUGCAUACAAGCUGCCUCACCUUGUCUGGGUCUAUGUACAUUCCAAUUAGGCAGCCUGUAAACCUGUCUGCUCACCUAACGAGUCAGUCAAUGUUGACUGUUAAUUUGUUGCCCAAUGUUUGACUGACAUUCAUUUUAACAUUUCUCACGGUAUAUUUUUGUUUAUAUGGGAAUGUGUUGUAUAAUUAAUCAGAUUAAGAGCACCACUUCAUUAGAUAAAACCUAAGAUUUUAUUUUUAUUGUUUGCAUUUAUCUUUUUUUUUUUUUUUUUUUUUUUACAAAGUUACUCACCUUUACUCACAUGAUCCAUUUGAAUGUACUCGUUUGUAUACAUUUGUAUCAAUAAAAAAAUAUCUAUAUAGGCCUUUAUAUAUGUAUGUUGUAAUAGUCUGUUUCAUGUAACAUGGAAUUCCUACCGUUUCUUUGCAAGAUUUUAAUAAAGGCUAUUUCCCAA